UAUGUGUGAGAAUGUCUAACUUUUGAUGCCUGACGAUUAUUAAUCAUCAAAACAGUCAAAUCCAGCUUAUCAUAAUUUACUCAUCAAUAUUGUGUCCAACUUCAACUUCUUUGUAUUUGUUUCCUCUUUUGAUCUCUAUUGCGGUGAGCUCGACUACAUUAGAAACAAUAACUUUAUUAAAUUGAUAUUAGUUUAGGAGGGAAUAACUAUCUGUUUUAACAGGCUUCAUUAAAGAAAAUAUUAAGAGUAAUCUGAUUACUGUACGGUAACGCCGUUUAGAGAAAGGUAUAGCAGUGGUGCGCCGUGCGCUCCGGAGUCUCCAUAAAAGUUGGUGCGCGCAGAGCGGAGCUGUCAGACCGGGAAGAGACGCGGCAGAGAAACGACUGGAGGGGGGAGGCUGAAGUGAUCUAUCUAUCGAUUUGGUUCAUUUUGUAAAUAAGCCUCAUUCAUUUUUAAGUGCAAUCUGCAGAAGACAUACCAUCAGGACGCAGUUAAAUCUUUUCUUCUUUUUUAAAUCUCACUCAAGGCUCCCGUGUGGUUGGUGGACUAUCGGACUGAAGAGAGGGGAGGUUUGGAUGGCGGAUGAGAUGCUUCUCUCUUAGAGGACGAAUAAUCUUGCGUGAUAAGUCUGUUUGUUUUUUAUCCAUAGGAGGAAACAAAAAGGCACCACUCCCAAUUUUUUUUCUUCAUUUUUUUUCGCCUGCUCGGGACCCAAAUGUCUCCACUUCACAGACGCACAUCUGGAUUGUAGCAGCAGCCCCGCCGAUGCUUUAAAAGAGCGUGAAGGUGCGGGAAGGGAGUGGGACAAUUGCAGGAUGAGUGAGCGAUACAUGCAGAUCGGAAGCAAAGGGGCUCUACUUCUAAUGGUGCUUGUGAUGAGUGUCUGGAAGAUGUCUGUACCAACAGAAGGAACGACGGCGCACCAUGUCCGAACAGGCACCUGUGAGGUGGUGGCGUUGCACCGUUGCUGCAACAAGAACAAAAUCGAGGAGAGGUCACAAACCGUGAAGUGCUCCUGCUUUCCAGGGCAAGUGGCCGGUACCACCAGAGCCGCCCCGUCAUGUGUAGAUGCUUCAAUAGUAGAGCAGAAGUGGUGGUGUCAGAUGCAUCCGUGCCUUGAUGGGGAGGAAUGCAAAGUUCUUCCCGAUCUAAAGGGUUGGAGCUGUGCAACAGGGAAUAAGAUCAAAACCACAAAGAUUUCCGCUGAUAGAGACCAGCUUUGGUAAUGUCAGGUGCCCCACAACAGAGUCCAGGUUAACCCACUGUUCUGGUCUGGUGGAUCAUUAAAGGAGAAGAGAGUAAUACAAAGGACCUUUCUGUAAAUAAAGACAUCCUUUAUUCUGGACUGCAGUUAAUCUUUUAAAACUCUGAAUGCUUCUUCUUGAACUCAAUGGACAUAAAAAAGAGAAGCACUGAUCGCUCAGUGCUUCUUUCUAAAGGACUUCGAAUGAUUAGCCUUAUCGGACAACAGGAUUUAAUCUCCAACAUUGUACUGCUUGUAGUGGAAUACAAUGAUGAACUUUGGCUGUGUUCAUUUCUAAAAUAAUCUGAACUUUACAAUGGAUUUUGUAAAGUUAUCCAGGACCACCAGAUCUCAUCUUGUAUAAGCAACACAAAUAAUGAAGACAAAAUGAUUUUGUUUUAAUCAAUUGGUUGUGACAUUCCUCUCUGCAAAGUGUAGUUUUAAAAGUUUAAAUAUAACUGAACAUAAAUGGCAGAUAUUCAGCGUGAGUUUUGAAGAAAUAGACAACCACAUCUCAUCAUUACCUGUGUAUUAGGUGCUCCAUUGAACCCAGAUAUUGUUUAAGGACUGCUAGAUUCAGCUAACCCCCAAAAAGGUGUAUGUUGAUCAGAGGUAGACUGAGUUCAGUUUAUUUAAAUAUUUUCGUUUCCCCUCUGAAAAUCAGCCAAUUUCUGCCACUUUGUAGAAGAUUCAGAUCAUCUAUAAGAUCUGUGUAAAUUGAACACAACAUCUGGUUUUCAUUGAGUUACUCGAUGAUUUCUUAAUCACCUUUGAGUAGGUAUCGCUGACACUUCUUUUGUCUGUGUAAGUGAUGACAUCAGUAAUAAACUAUGGUUGUGUAACUAAAGCCUUGUGUCUUUUAACCAUCUGUAUGCAAACAAUGAUGCUUUUUUUCCCCCCAUUUUGUACAAUAAUGAAAUAUCUCAACAAUAAAUCACAACCAAACCUU